AUGAAAGUGUUCAAGCUCUGGUGGGAUUGCGCCUCCAUCACGAAACGGUUGAGCCAGAGAUGUUUGGAAUCGUUAUCUUCCGUUGAAGUACCGAUCUCUCCUAUCACCAGUUUCAUUACGCUUUACUCAACGACAACAACUGCGAUCGGAUAUCAGUGUAGUCAAGAUACAUUUCCUCAUACCUUUCUAUGGGAUCUCACAAUCAAUCUAGGUUUUGACUCGUCUCGUCUGGCCAUUCCUCCCAACUUACGUCACAACGAUAUGCGGUAUAGAUUGAAUGAUGGUACACGAUCUGGGAACUAUAGAGACAAAUACAAGAAACUGGAGCCAAGCACAAGAGAUAUAAACAAAGCUGUUGUAAAGCACUCAUAUAGGAUCAUAAGAGGUCGAGAUGAGAACUCAAGGAAAUACCGUCAUGCUACCUCUCGAUAUGAUUCUGGACCGUAUGGUCGUCAGAAGGAACUAACUUGGCGUGAGAAAUCUAAGGAUAAAAUAACUGAGGGAAACCAAUACAGUGUCCGAGAAAGGAGUGAUAGCAAUGUAUCUCAUGACAUUGUUCCUACUAAACAAGUUUCACGAUCCUCCUCUUUAAUAGGACAAGGUGAUCAUUGUCACCUAAGCAGAGAGACAGAGUUGCGUGGAGGGGAACAUCAGAUCAGAAGAAUAGCCAGUGACAUUGUAUUUCCUAUUCCUCAACUGCAAACCACGGAGGAUAAUGUUACUGUCCGAAGAGGAUUUGAAGACAACGCUUUGGCAUAUGAUGAUAAAGACGAUGAUCUAAUGGAUGAAGAACUUAGGGAUAUGGACGUACAGCCCCAUUCCUUACCGGCUGGGUCAACAAGUUCAAAACCAGAAGCUAAAGUGUCAAAACACUCUAGGAGUGGAUCCAGAAUGAAUGCUCCUUUGGGUAUUCAAACUAAGAAAACUGAGUUCCUUCGUCGAGGUUCUCCAAGAAAGCGAUCAAGUUUGUCCUCAGCACAAAAGCCAAAGGGUGUGAAUGAAAAG